AUGUCCAGCCACUCGAGCUCCUUCACCUCGACCUCGUACUCCUACAGUUCGGCUUCCAGCUCCAACAACGGCCAAACUACAGGCGUCACCCACUCCACCCAAUCUCACACAAACUCUGACGGCACAACCAUACGCACAACACAGCAAAACAUGGGCGGGCCCUCCAUCCAAGAAACCAGACACUACGACAGCCACGGCCGCGAGCAGUUGGUUGCCCCCUCGAACAGCAACAGCCAACGUCGUCUGCAAGACUUUGAAGUUGAGGAUGUGACUGAAGAGAGCGAUGCGGAUAAGAAGUAUCGGGAGGCUAUGGAGGAUGAGUACGCCAAGCGCGAGGGUGGUGCUUGA